AUGCAAGAUCAUCUGGCCUCGCUGCUCGGUUCGCCUGAUCCUUACGGACGGCAGCUGGACGGUUUAGGUGGGGGGAUUUCUAGCCUCAGCAAAGCUGAUCUCAUGGAUGGGCCCUUUGCCGACAUACAGUACACUUUCUUCCAGGUUGGUGUGACAGACGGUCUCCUGGACAUGUCUGGGAAUUGCGGUAACCUCACCUCCGCCGUUGGGCCUGCUGCUAUCGAUGCUGGACUGCUAGAUGCUCAUCUGGAAGAUCCUCGGACUAGAGUCACCUUUCGUUUGUUGAACCUCAACACCAACCAGGUAAUCCAAAGUACUUUCUCGGUCAGCAGGCCCGAAUCACAACCCGGAGCUCCCUGGCGGUUCGAGCCGCGAGGCAACUUUACAAUGCCUGGGGUUGCCGGCACUGGCUCCGAGAUCACCCUUCGAUGGCUGAGCCCUGGUGGCUCCAAAACGACUGCAGCACUGCCUACCGGACGGCCUCUCGAUCAAGUAGAAGUUGAAGGUCAAAACUACAAUGUCUCCCUCGUUGAUGUGUCCAACCCGGGCAUCUUCAUCAGUGGCGCUGACCUUGGCUGGGAUCCCGCGAGAAACCCCGACGAGCUGGACGCGCAACCCAAUCUGAUGGAGAAAUUAGAAGUCAUCCGCCGAAAGGGAGCGGCGAUGAUGGGUCUGGACCCGGACAAGCCAAGCAUCCCCAAAAUCGUGCUGGUCUAUCGUCCCCGUUCAGCGGAGACGCAUAUCGAUUGCCAGGCACUUUCAAUGGGCAAAGCCCACAAGGCCGUGCCGGGCACGCUGGCACUGAAUCUCGGAGCAGCGUGUCAGAUGCCAGGAAGCGUUCCAAAUCAGCUCGCUCGAGCGAGCACAACUAACAAGAUCAGCAUUGGCCAUCCCACGGGGUUCGCGGAGGUCGGUGCAAAGGUGACGAAUGGGCAGGAGGUGGAAUAUGUGGAAAUUAGCCGUACAGCACGGUGUCUCAUGGAGGGUGUUGCGUUGGCGGCUCCGAGCAAUUACCAGUGCACUCCGAUUCCGCAAGGGCAAAUGGCUGAGUAG